GUGUGUGUGUGUGUGUGUGCAGGGAUCGUGUGGCUGUACGUGGGGAUGGAGCUGCUGUACAUCGCUCUGUUGUGUGUCAGUUCUCUGCUCUUGCUGCUGCAGUUGUGUCUGUCGUCCUGGUUUCCUCCACAGCAGCGCUGGGGUCAGCUACUGAAUGCCUUUGCUGCCGUCUGCACUGUUCUGGGAGGGCUGGUUGGGAUGGUCGCUCACAUGAUGUAUAUGCAGGUUUUCCAGGUGACGAUCUCUCUCGGCCCUGAGGACUUUAAGCCUCACAGUUAUGGAUACUCAUGGGCCUUUUACGUGGCGUGGGUGGCCUUCACCUGCUGCAUGUCAUCUGGCGUGUCGACGCUCAACAACUACACCAAGAAGUUUCUGAUGGUGGGACCCAAGCACAAGAGCGUGUUUUACCCCUGCAGGAACUUCACCUUUCCUCCACAGUCGCCUUCACUCUCGCCUCUGUCUCCGUACUUCUCCCCGCCUCUCCUGCCUCCUCCUCCUCCUCGCCCCGCCCCUCUCUCACCAUGCCCCGCCCCUCUCUCGCACAACCCCGCCCCUCCCUUGCACAGCCCCGCCUCUCUCUCUCUCCUUGAGCUGCCCGUGUCUCCUCCCGUCACUCUGCUUCUGUCUCCACUGAGCUUUGUGUCUCACUGUUCAGACGAGGAGUUCAGCCCACUCUGAUCCAUUCUUCGCUCUGAACUGUGUUUGUUUUUAUGUAUUAAAGCACCUAUGGUUUCAGUUCAGAUGUCCAAACUCAACAUUUGUAUUGGAACACCAGCCCUUCAUGAAAAUAUAAAUGUAUUGCAGUGAAAUCUUCUGUGGUUAAGGAAGAAAUUCCACUUCAUUUUGUGUAUUUUGUACCAGAACAAUAAACUGUGUGGUUUAUUGCUAUUUUCCUGUUAAUAUGUUAAUUACUACUAGACUUUUUUGUUGCUUUCGUCAUAAAACAUC